AUGAGUGUUGUUGGGUUUGAUUUUGGCAACGAGAACUGCAUUGUUGCUGUUGCAAGGCAGAGAGGAAUUGAUGUUGUUCUUAAUGAUGAAUCAAAGCGUGAAACUCCAGCUAUUGUAUGCUUUGGUGAGAAGCAGAGAUUCAUUGGUACUGCAGGGGCAGCAUCUUCUACAAUGAACCCUAAAAAUUCAAUUUCUCAGAUAAAGCGGUUGAUUGGUCGUCAGUUCUCAGAUCCUGAGUUGCAAAGGGAUCUCAAGUCACUGCCCUUCAAUGUCACUGAGGGUCCUGAUGGAUAUCCUUUGAUUCAUGCUCAUUAUCUAGGUGAUAUGAGAACUUUUACCCCAACUCAGUUGUUGGGGAUGCUUUUGUCUAAUUUGAAAAGCAUAGCUGAGAAGAACUUAAAUGCAGCAGUGGUGGAUUGCUGCAUUGGGAUUCCUGUAUAUUUCACUGAUCUUCAAAGAAGGGCAGUUUUAGACGCAGCCACAAUUGCAGGCUUGCACCCUCUUCGCUUGAUUCAUGAAACUACUGCAACUGCAUUGGCUUAUGGUAUCUACAAGACCGAUUUACCUGAAAAUGACCAAUUAAAUGUUGCCUUUGUUGAUAUUGGACAUGCGAGCAUGCAAGUUUGUAUUGCUGGAUUCAAGAAGGGCCAACUCAAGGUUUUGGCUCAUUCAUUUAACCGCUCUUUGGGUGGUAGAGAUUUUGAUGAAGUUUUAUUUCAUCACUUUGCUGCAAAAUUUAAAGAGGAAUACAAGAUUGAUGUAUUCCAGAAUGCAAGAGCUUGUACUAGGCUUCGAGCUGCUUGUGAGAAGCUGAAGAAGGUACUGAGUGCCAAUCCUGAAGCACCUUUGAAUAUUGAGUGCCUUAUGGAUGAGAAAGAUGUUAGGGGUUUCAUUAAGAGAGAGGAGCUUGAGCAGAUCAGUGUUCCGAUUUUGCAACGUGUGAAGAGACCAUUAGAGAAGGCUCUUGCUGAUGCCGGACUUGCAGUUGAGGAAGUUCACAUGGUUGAGAUCAUUGGUUCAGCCUCUCGUGUUCCUUCUAUGUUAAAAAUUCUCACUGAGUUCUUUGGUAAAGAACCAAGACGCACAAUGAAUGCUAGUGAAUGUGUUGCCAGAGGAUGUGCUUUGCAAUGUGCAAUUCUCAGUCCCACAUUCAAAGUUCGGGAAUUUCAGGUCAAUGAGAGCUUCCCUUUCCCAAUUUCGCUAUCAUGGAAAGGAUCUGCAGCUGAUGCUCAGAACGGAGGAGCUGAACAACAACAAUUGGUUUUCCCAAAAGGAAAUCCGAUACCCAGUGUCAAGGCUGUGACAUUCCAUAAGACAAGUACUUUUGGCAUUGAUGUACAAUAUUCUGAUGGAAGUGAUUUGCAGGUCCCACCAAAGAUCAGUACUUACACGAUUGGUCCUUUCCCAACAAUAAGAAGUGAUCGACCUAAGUUGAAGGUCAAAGCUAGAAUGAAUUUGCAUGGGAUUGUAUCCCUUGAAUCGGCAACACUCUUGGAAGAGGAGGACGUUGAAGUCCCAGUUCCAGUUUCAAAAGAGCCGGGUAAAGAAGAUGCUAAGAUGGAAACUGAUUACGCACCUAAAGAUACUGCUGCCCCCAGUGCCAAUGAGACGGAUGUUAACAUGCAAGACGCCAAGGGUACAGCUGAUGCAGCUGGGGUUGAAAAUGGUGUUCAUGAGUCUGGGGACAAGUCUUCACAAAUGGAAACUGAUACCAAAAUUGAGGCUCCCAAGAAAAAGGUGAAGAAAACAAAUGUCCCAGUGGCGGAGUUGGUGUAUGGUGCAAUGUUGCCUGCAGAUGUUCAAAAAGCAGUAGAGAAGGAGUUUGAAAUGGCUUUGCAAGAUAGGGUUAUGGAAGAAACAAAGGAUAAAAAGAAUGCUGUCGAGGCUUAUGUGUAUGAUAUGAGGAAUAAGCUUAGUGACAAAUACCAUGAUUUUGUCACUGCUCUGGACAAGGAAGAGUUCAUUACUAAGCUUCAGGAAACAGAGGAUUGGCUAUAUGAAGAUGGAGAGGAUGAAACGAAGGGUGUCUAUGUUGCCAAGCUUGAAGAGCUUAAGAAGCAAGGGGAUCCCAUUGAAGAGCGUUACAAAGAAUAUGCUGAGAGGGGAUCUGUCAUUGAUCAGCUUGCUUACUGUAUUAACAGUUACAGAGAGGCGGCCAUGUCAAGUGAUCCCAAGUUCGAUCACAUUGAACUUGAAGAGAAGCAAAAGGUUAUUAUUGAGUGUGCGGAAGCUGAGGCCUGGCUAAGAGAGAAAAAACAGCAGCAGGAUCAACUUCCCAAGAAUGCCACUCCGGUUCUUUUGUCAGCCGAUGCGAGAAAGAAAGGUGAAGCACUAGACAGGUUUUGCAGACCAAUAAUGACUAAACCCAAACCGGCUAAACCAGUCUCGCCUGAAACACUACCAACCACACCUCAGGGAAGUGAGGCUCAGUCAGAGGGUACAGAUGGCACAGAUGCCAACGUGAAUGCAAGUCAUAAUCCCAAUGUGAACCCGAGUGAGAGUACAGCAGCAGGCGGUGGUGAGGCACCUCCAGCUUCUUCAGAACCAAUGGAAACUGACAAAUCGGAGACUACUUCUAGCGCUGCCUAAAUUAUUGUGCCGACUGUCUUGUGAUGAUUUAUGUACGCGGCCAAAAUAUAUGGUAUAACGAAUAUUUUGGAAGACCCUUGACACCAUUUCUUGGGUAGGCUGAUGGAGAAGUCUGCGUUGUUUGGAUCAUCUUUUUCGUUUUGUCAAGCCUUCUCUUUGCAAAGUCGCGGAGAUUUGUUGUUAUUUAAGAGUGGGUCUUCAGAAUCGGGGUUUUUAAGGAAACUGCUAAUUAGUCUUCCUUGCUAAUAUCUUAAUAUUAGUGAGAGGCUAAAUUUUACACUUUUAAGCGG